AUGCCUCAUCUAGAUCUAUCAAACGAUUUAUCCAUGUACUAUGAGAUGUUCACAUCAAGACCAGAUAAUCCUUGGAUCUUACUCAUUCAUCCAUUGUUAACUGAGAUUUCAGUGGUUAGAAGUUUUACAGAACAAUCAGAAAUUAAAGAAAAUUUCAAUUGUAUCCUUUUUGAACUUAGAUUACAUGGUAGAACUAAAUCUAAUGUGAUAGCUACAAUGGAUCGGUUUACUUUGGCUGCUGAUCUUGCUUUUGCAAUGCAAAAACUUCAUUUACCACCAGUUCAUGUGAUCUCAGCUCAAGCGAACGUUAGUGAAGUAGCACUCGCACUGGCUGCAAUCUUUCCAGAAAGAGUUUCAAGUCUUUUUCUCUGUGGUUUAGCUCCAGAUGUAUAUCCUGAAUCAACUUUGUCAGCUUUCAAUGAUUGUUUUCAAUGCGUCGCGAAUCCUACUGAUCCAGAGCAUUGGGAAGAGGGAAUGCUCGAUUUACACUUUUUUUGUUUUCAUCAAGACACAAAUGUCAGUCGAGAAGACGAAAUCAGAGUGAUAGAUGAAUGGACCUCAAUUGUGAGGAAACGAUAUUCACCAAGUAAAACUGGUAAAUUCACUUCAAUUGCAAUGUUGGAAUUAGGACGUCAAGCAACACCUCAAUCAUUUCGUGAUUGUAUUACUCAACCAGUCUUGGUCUGCCAUGGAGCCGAAAGUCCAGUAUUUCCUUUGGAAGCAGCUUCUGAUCGAUUUGCAACUUAUGAUAAAUUAGAUCCUCGUAGUCGAUUUGAAGCUAUACCAGGAGCACCUUUGACUCUAUUCCCAUUAUAUACGAAAUUCUUAGCAGAAAAGUUUACAGAUUGGAUUUUACCUAUCAUUGAAUCAACACCCAAAUUGAAUGAAAAACAAGAAAUCAUUGAGAUUGAUUAUGAAAAGAGUUUAAAAAGGUUAUAUGAAAUUUGUAAAGAUCCUACGAUUUUAAAAAGAGAUCCCACCAAUUCUUCAAGUUUUUAUGCAUUAGAUGAAUUAAGUUUAACUCAAAGAAAGAUGGGAUUAGAACACGCUUUUCAGGUUGAAAAAACUUCGUUUUGUUUUAUGGAUGAAAAUGAUCCUGAAUGGUGGUCUGAUGAGACUGUGAAAACUCAAAGUACCAAGAUUCCUUGGAAGUUUUCAACUCGAUUCGAACAUAGCUAA